CUGCAGUUUUGCGGACGGCGCUUUGAUCUCACAACAGCCACACCGCAGCAACUCUGCUUUGCUGGAAUACAGAGCGAACCGCCACUCAUGAGCGUGAUGCCUUAAUAUAACGAUGCAGUUUAUUUAUACGACGCUAGGCAACGGCUGGCGCGCCCCAUGAGCCGGUCUUAGCGGCGUGCCGGCCUCGCGGAGCGCAGCGGAACGCCGUGUGUGGGCUACGCCGGCGGAGGGAGCGGUGUGGCGGGCGGCCCGGCGCCGGAAGCGGCAGCAGCGGGCCGACGGUGGAGCCUCAUGGAGCGGCUCCGCAAGCUGUGGCGGGGCCGCACGAUGACCUUCGGCGUGCCGCUGCUGCUCUACAUUGUUGGGGGAUCUUUUGGACUCCGUGAGUUUGCUCAGAUAAGAUAUGAUGUCCACAAACUACAUGGCAAGGUUGAUCCUGCUUUGAAGGAAAAAUUGAAGCAGAACAAUGUGACGUUGGAAUCUGAAUAUAAGAAAUUGGAAAAAUCUGACUUGGAUAACUGGGAGAACAUCAGAGGACCCCAGCUGUGGGAAGAUUCCAGGACUGUUCAGAAGCAACGGCGAGAGGCUGCCCGUCUCAAGACAGAGUGAUUGAGCAAGCCUGCUUUGCUGCCUACGGAACCAAGUCUCAGGCUGGACUACCUUAUGUUCUAAACCAGCAUCAGGAACAGAUUUGGGAUGGAGGAAUUGUCCUGAGCAAUUCAUGCCAAUAUGUAUAUAACUAAAUGCGAGAUCAAACCAAAAAGCACUAUGUUGUAUGAAGCUCUUUGUUUGCUUCUGUUUGCACAGAAUUCCACAGGCUGUAUAUGAGAGUUCUCAAUUAAAAAACAAAACAAAACAAAGAAACUGAUUUUGGGAAUAUCACAGUUUUUCAUUGGUUUUUGACAACCACAGUUCAAAAGAGAGGUUCUUCAGCAAGAGUUCACAUUUCAAGAGUCAUUUCUCAGUGCCACAGUGAAAACAACAGUGCUGUCAUCUUGAUGUGUGUGACCAGAUAAGUGCUGCUUUGGAGAGCCCCUGCAUGACUUCAAGCUCUUAAGCUUGGCAGGGACUCCACAGGCAUAUGAACUGUUCGGAAACAGUGAGCUUGUUUUUGGCUAAAUAAUGUUCUUGUGUUUCAUUUUCAGGAACUUGUCUGUACAGGAGCAUGUGUAGAGUGUCAGCUGGUAAUUGGUCAAGUAGCAUUUAUUUAGCUGUGGGCUGAUUUUUUUAUUAGUUUAACUAUCAGUGUCUGCAUGCAGGCAAGACCUUUGUGUUGGAGCUUCUCAGCUUAAGUUACCAAGACGUGCGCAGUUUUCAUGUGAGCAAGCAUUGCAGCAGCAUCUUCCUGAAGUACUGCGUAGUGGUAAAGGGCAUCUUAUGUGUAUGAUUACAUGCCUAUUUGUGCACAUGCUCAAAAAUGCUUACCUUUUGAUGAAUUAUUCUGAACCAUCUUUUUGUCUUUGCUGUUUAUUUGCUAUUAGAGGAGGAUAUGCUUCUUCAGAGGAAUAGAGCACUAGAGCACAAAUUAACUGUAGAUUCUGGAUUCAGAGUAUUCAAUGAUGCCUAUAGAUAAAAACCUUGGGAACUCACAAACAUGUGGUUAUUCUCUCUGCAGGGGAUUUGUGAAAUGCAAUCGAAAUGUCCUUUUGGACACUUUAUUUAGGGGUAGCUUCCUUGUACUCAUGUAAAUCUUCCUUCGGCAUGUAGUUUUUUCAGUCUCUUGUGAUAAGGUCCAGUCUUUCAGGAAGAGAAAUCUACCUUGAUUUUUGAAGAGUUUGAGGAGCAAGUCAUAAAGCAGUAAGUAAAAUGACUUUGCCAUGUUUUCUGCAGGUUUUCUCCUGACAGAGUUGUGAAGACCAUCAGAAUGUGUAUCUCGUUUGGAACAAGGCUGGAGCUGUGUGUUUGUGCGUUUCCCUGUGCAGAACCAUAUGUACCUUUGCUUCUAAGUAAAUGUGCUAGCAAAUAACCAUGAGAGGGCCAAGAGGAGCAGUACAAGACAAGGCAAAUGUAUAUGCUAUAAAGAAAUUAUUAUAAAAUUAUUAUAAAAACCAAGAAUAUGGGGACAUUAAGGUUUGCUAUAACUAGAGAAGAAGGAACAUUUCAUUGUUUCUACAUUCUUUUCUAUCUGGAAGUUAAUAUGAUGUUCUCGGGUGAAGAAGAUAUAAAAUAGCACAAAUAAGGAGCAACUCAAACUACUUGCUAAGCAUCUUUUCAGCUCCUAAAUUCAAAUUCUGGUGCAGCUCCACUGGCAGCAGCAAGAUUGAUUGCUCAGAGUGCAGUAAGUGCAGUGACAGCCUUCCCUGAGCUAGAGCU